AUGACUGAUGGGUUUGGUUCAGUGGAGUGUUUGCAGGGAAACGGUCUAGACAAAUCAUUUGCUUUCGCAAUCAGCCAGAUGGUUCUCGACAUCUUCGGUGAUCUCUUGAUAUUGGUUAUUCCCUUCCACCUCAUCUGGAGGAUCAAAGUCCGAUUGUCGCAAAAGCUCGUCUUAGCGUCAACCCUCUGUUUCACCGUCCUAACCAUCAUGUGCACAAUAACCCGUGUCGUCGGUGUUCGCACGAGCUCCAGCGAUUCCUCCUUAGACACCGUCUGGCAGACAUACUGGCAGUACGUCACUGCCAACAUCGCGCUGACCAUGACAGCGGCUACAGCCUUCCGAGCGUUCUUCAUCUCCAGACAUCAAGACAGACCAGCGCAGAGACAGGGAUCCAACAAGUCUUGGAUUAGUAGGAGUUGGCGGUUCUUCAAAUUGGUGCUGAGGCCGUGGUCAUGGCAAGGGAAAAGCAGCGCACUGCAAAUUGCUGAAGACUCCAGUAACCGAGGGAUAGAACUGCCAUUGAUCGAAGAGCGGGCCACCAUGACUGGCAUGCGGAGUUUCAUCAACCGGCAAGGAGAAUUCGGUGAAGAAUAG